GCGCAUUCGAAUCGACCGAAUUUCCGGAAGUAAUGUGAAAAAGAACAAGGGAGUCCAUUGGUUUGUUUUUGUGCGAAUCUAAAACAGAAAUGGGCUCUGCAGAACUACGGGUGGAAUUAGAAAAUCUCCUAAAAAGUCUGAAUAUUGACUUUGUGUCUGUGGAUCAUCCGGAGGUUUUCACUGUGGAGGAAAUGAUGCCUCACGUGCAGCACCUCAAUGGAGCUGUGACAAAAAAUCUCUUCCUAAAGGACAAGAAGAAGAAAAGCCUGUGGCUGGUCUCGGCGCGUCACGACCGCCAGGUCAACCUGAACGACCUGGCUAAGAAGCUGGGCGUGGGCAGCGGUAACCUGCGCUUCGCCGAUGAGGCGGCCAUGUUGGACAAACUCAAGGUGGGUCAGGGCUGCGCCACGGCUCUCGCGCUCUUCUGCGACAAGGACCGGAGCGUCAAGUUCGUCCUGGACAGCGAUUUAGUCGACGGAGGCCACGAAAGAGUUUACUUUCACCCGAUGACCAACGCCGCCACUCUUGGGCUGAAACCGGGCGAUUUCCUGAGGUUCCUGAAAGAGACGGGGCAUGAGCCCAUCCUGCACAGCUUCGAUUAAAUUAACUCCAAGGUUUAGAAUAGACGAUUUUAGUGCAUUGAGACACUAAUAAAAAAAAUUUCACAA